UGAUGAUUGAAUAUCUUUUUCACUUUUGCAUUUUUUCCUUCAAUUUUGAUUUCUUCAGAUGGUUAUCAACGAUUUUUUUAUUCAAUAUCUAGAUCUAAUCGUUCAUAAUUCUUGUCGUACAUUUUUUAUACUGCGUCGAUCGUUUUUUGUAUGAGGGAAAUUUUGUAAAUUGUACAUGGAGAAGAACAAUCUUUCUUUCUCCGUCUUCUGAAACUUGGAAAAUAUUUUCUACAAAUAGAGGUGUAAUUAGGAAAUUUAAACAGAAUGAUUAUUUAUAGUGGUGAUAAUGAGCGACCAAUCUCCAUUCGUUCUUGAUUUAUUUAUGGACUAAUAGGAGUUCUAAUUACGCGUGUAAAUUUUUUCUGUUAUUGAACAUGAGAAUAGAAUCAUUCUAUUGAGUUGAAAAAAAUCAGAACAGCGUCACGUUAUUUACUGCUACAAAUAAAAUAGAAUUAUCGUUCGAAUUUUUGUAAUGACUGUCCUUCAACAAUUGAGACCAAUAUUCCAGGAUUGACUGUUUAUUUUCAGAGUUAAUUGAUUGAUUAAAUUGACAAUGCAAAAAGAAAUAAAGGUGAAUGAGCCAUUAGAGAAAACGAGAGUCACGAUUUUGCGGGACCGGACUCUCCGUGGAAUACGCAGACGCAGAGGUGUUCUUACCAUGAUUUUCGCCCCUAGAAACCGCGCACUGAUCGAUAAGACAAAAUUUCUGUAGUGAAUUGUUCCGGGCUUAAGUGAACACUUCAUCCGUGGAUUGAAAUCAUUAUAAUUUUUAAUCAUGGAUUUUAAUGUGAAGAAACUAGUCAAGGAUGGCGUUAGAACUGCAUUCAACCGAGUUGUACAGCUCACAGAGGAGACCCUCGGAACCUCCGAGAAAACCGAACUCGAUGCACACUUCGAGCACUUGGCCGACAGGGCCAACAUGACGAAGACAUGGACGGAGAAAAUAUUGAGAAAUAUGGAGGCAAUGUUGACACCAAAUCCAGGAAACAGAAUCGAGGAUUUUUUCUACGAGAAAAUCGACAAGAAGAAGCCUAAUAGAUUAAGCAACCUGGAGUACGUUGGGGUGGACAUGAUCGAAGCUGGCAAUGAAUUUGGACCAGGAAUAGCAUAUGGUGCGGCUCUCAUAAAAGUUGGACAGUGUCAACAGAAAUUGGGUCAGAUAGAACGUGACUUCAUCGGUACAGCGGCCAAUUGUUACAUUCAACCCCUCCGUAAAUUUCUCGAUGGAGAGAUGAAGACGAUAAGCAAAGAAAUGGCAAUACUCGAAACAAAACGUCUCGACUUGGAUGCGUGUAAAAACCGAGUAAGGAAAGCUAGGAGCAUGCUGGGACAACAGAGUGAUUCCGGAGUAUCACCCGAAGUGUUGCUGGAUCAGGCAGAGAGGGAGUUGAGGAUAGCCCAGUCGGAAUUCGAUAGACAAUCGGAGAUAACUAAACUGCUGUUGGAGGGUGUAUCGAGCUCUCAGGCUGGCCAUCUACGUUGUCUCCACGAGUUCGCCGAGGCACAGGCUCGACACUAUGCUCAAUGUCAUGCCACCAUGCAAGAGUUGCAACGAGAAUUAGCUGGUUUGACAGGAAGUUCGUAUCACCCGGUCGAUCACCAAACUACAGAGCAGGUGGAUAGUGAGGUAGACCGAGCCCGAGUACUCUAUGAUUACGAGGCGAGGGAUACGAGUGAAUUGAACCUCGCACGAGACGAGGUAAUCUCAGUUUGUGAAAUACCAGAUGACGAGGACUAUUUAAUGGGCUUCAGGGGAAUUGAGAAAGGAAAAGUCCCGCGAGUUUUUAUCGAAAGAAUAUCAUCGAAUUAGUGGAAAAAUUGAAUUCUGAAUUAUAUUCAUAAUAAUUAAGUACAAAUGAGCUGGGGCAGCUGCGCAAUAUCAUUAACAUUCUCAAAAUUCUACGAAAUUGAGGCAAUUUCAUGUAAUUAAUAAAUUAAAAUAAAUUCUCGAACUCGGUUUCUUCAAAAAUAAAAAGAUUUAUCUUCGAUCGGAGUUUUAAAAAUCCCCUUAAGAAAUUAUUUGAGAAAUCAAAAAUCAAUGGACUCAGGUAUUCGUCACAACGAAUCCAUUGGCGUUCAUCAGCUUGUGUAUAUAAAUGAAAAAUAAAGCAAUUGUUGAGUGAAAAUGUAUUUUUCCUGAGGUCAAAUAACGAGAGAUGGAGAAUUAUGAGAUGUUUCAAAAGUUUAUUGACGUACAAUAAUAGAGGAAAUUACUUCUUCUUGGAUACACCGACAGUGCGACCACGUCUGCCAGUGGUUUUGGUGUGUUGACCACGUACACGAAGGCCCCAGUAGUGACGGAGUCCUCUGUGUGCACGGAUUUUCUUCAUUCUCUCCAAAUCUUCACGAAGUUUAGAGUCCAAGUUUGAACUCGUCAGCUG